UCUGCGUUCCCACCAAACGGGGCAACGGGCUUCAUUGGCUUCCCAAGUUUCAUCAUCUUCUUUCGUUGUCUGCAGUUUUGUCUGUGACUGAACAUGGAGACCACGAAGGAAGAAUUUCUCAAGGAAUUUGGCCAGGAUUACGGGUAUCCCAAUGGUCCCAAGAGCAUUGAUGAACUUCGAGCCACUGAAUUCAAGAGAUUACAAGAUCUCGUAUACUUGGAUCAUGCUGGAACAACUUUAUACUCCGAUGAGCAGAUGGAAUUGGUUUUCAAAGACCUUACAGGCAACGUAUAUGGAAACCCUCAUAGCCAAAGUGACUCCAGUUCUGCUACAUUGGAGAUUGUGAAAGAAGGUCGUCAGCAGGUCCUUGACUACUGCAAAGCAUCUCCAAAAGACUAUAAAUGUAUAUUUACCUCUGGGGCCACAGCAGCGUUGAAGCUGGUUGGUGAGGCUUUUCCGUGGAGUUGUAAGGGCCAUUUCAUGUAUACAAUGGAGAAUCACAAUAGUGUUCUUGGAAUAAGAGAAUAUGCUCUGAAUCAAGGAGCUGUAGCCACUGCAGUUGAUAUUGAAGAGGACAUGCAUCCAUGUAUAUCUGGAGAGACAAUUUCCAUAAGGAUAUCACCACGCCAAGUACAAAGGAGAAAAGCAGCGGGAUUGCAAGAUCAAAAGCCUAAUGGUGAUGUGUAUAAUUUGUUUGCCUUCCCCUCAGAGUGCAAUUUCUCAGGGUUGAGAUAUAGCCUUGACUUGGUUAAGAUUAUCAAGGAAGAUUCAAGAAGGAUUCUGGGAGGUUCUUCAGCUUGCAAAAAUGGUGGCCAGGGGAUUGUCUUGAUUGAUGCUGCAAAAGGAUGUUCUACUAGACCUCCUGAUUUAUCCAAGUAUCCUGCAGAUUUUGUUGUUAUCUCCUUUUACAAGAUGUUUGGCUGUCCCACUGGGCUUGGAGCUCUCAUUGUUCAGAAUGAUGCGGCCAAGUUACUGAAGAAAUCUUACUUCAGUGGAGGUACAGUUGCUGCAUCAAUUGCCGACAUUGAUUUUGUUAAGAGAAGGGAAGCUAUUGAGGAUCUGUUUGAGGAUGGCACUGUUUCGUUCUUGGGCAUAGCAUCUAUUCACCAUGGCUUCAAGAUCCUGAGUUCUCUAACAGUAUCAGCAAUAUCACGGCAUACAAUGUCUCUGGCCUUGUAUACAAGGAAAAAGCUUUUGGCCCUCAGGCAUGGGAAUGGAUCCAGAGUGUGCAUGGUCUAUGGAUCCCAUAAAUCGAGGGAAUUGUGUGAUGAAGUGGGUCCAAUUGUCUCAUUCAACUUGAAGAGACCUGAUGGUUCUUGGUAUGGAUAUCGAGAAGUGGAAAAGCUGGCAUCUCUAUCAGGAAUUCAGCUACGGACAGGAUGCUUCUGCAACCCAGGUGCUUGUGCAAAAUAUCUUGGGUUGUCUCACUUGGAUCUACUUUCUAAUACUGAGGCAGGCCAUGUUUGCUGGGACGAUCAUGAUAUAAUUAAUGGAAAGCCUACUGGAGCUGUAAGAGUAUCCUUUGGUUACAUGUCAACAUAUGAAGAUGCCAAGAAAUUUAUUGAUUUUGUAGCAGGUUCGUUUAUUUCACCUGAAAGUCACUUUGGCCAUACAAAACAAUUGAAAGGCUUUGACCAGUGUUCCUUGUCUUCUGGUUUUUCUCUUCAAUCUAUUACUAUAUAUCCAAUAAAAUCCUGUGGUGGUUUCAGCUCGGGAAGUUGCAACAAUGGCCUGAAAUAUGAUCGGGAGUGGAUUCUUAAAAGCCUUAGUGGUGAAAUUCUUACACAGAAGAAGGUUCCUCAAAUGUGCUUUAUAAGCACCUAUGUUGACCUCAGUCGAGGAAUCUUGUUUGUGGAGUCCCCACACUGCAAAGAAAGGCUACAGAUCAAGCUUGAUUCUGAUGUGGACAUCGGUGGCAGAGAAGAUGUUGGUUUGUAUGGUCAGAGGUACAUAGUCCAUAGUUACGAUGAAGACGUCAAUGCUUGGUUUAGCAAAGCCAUUGGUAGAUCAUGUGUUCUGUUACGCAAUUCCAGUUCUGACCACGAUUUAAUAUUGAACGAGUCCAAAGACGCAGUUACAUGUAGAGAUGCAAAGAGCAAGCUCAACUUCGCCAAUGAACCACAGUUCUUGCUUGUGUCGGAGGAAAGUGUACUUGACCUCAACAACAGAUUGAGUCCCUAUGUACAGAAGAGCCCAUGUGGAGAAGACAUGCAAGUCACUCGAAGUGGAUUUCGACCAAACCUUGUGGUAUCUGGGGGCAGGCCAUAUGAUGAAGAUGGAUGGAGAAGCCUUAGAAUUGGGAACCAUUAUUUCAGAUCAUUAGGGGGAUGCAACCGUUGCCAGAUGAUCAAUUUUUCACAGAUAGAUGGACAAGUUCACAAGUCAAACGAUCCCUUAGCAACCUUAGCAUCAUACAGGAGAGCAAAGGGGAAGAUCUUGUUUGGAAUUUUGCUUAGAUAUGAACCUAUUGAUGAAGGGGAACAACAAUGUGAUCCAUGGCUUCAUGUGGGACAGCAUGUUUAUCCAGAUCCUGUUUAGUUGGUCAGCAGUUUUGA